UAUAAACACAUAUAUGCAUAUACAUGUAACUUUUUCAUUUUUUUGUUUGUCGCGCAACUUGUUCUUUCCUUGACAGGCUGAAGCGCAACAAUCCAAUUUCUGGCAGUAUUCUUAACGUCUGCUUCUGAAUGGAAGAAGUGCGAUUUUUGUGUUUCAUAAAGCAAUGGGCUAGAAGCCUGUCAUUGGAGCUUGUGGGGAGCUUUUGACACGUUUAAACUAUAAACAAAAUUGGCGCGUAUGAUAAUGUGUACUCGUUCUGUUUUCUUACAACCACAGUUAAAACAUGGAUGUCGUAAGAGAUGCAAUCCGGCGAUUUUCAUUGAGAGAAGUGUGCUACGUUUGCUUAUGCAUUACGGUCUUGUACUUGUUUCGUGCUAGAGAUUCGUACUAUUUGACUCCGACAUGGCGGAAAGGUAGUUCAUCACAUUUUUACGAAAACGGCCUUUUUCCAACAUCAGAUGAAUCCGUUCCUCACCCAGUUGUUACAGACUUAGAAAGUGAUGGUGUUAACGAAGUGAUCAUGGUGACGAUAGAUGGAAGACUUACGGUGUUGGCUCUCCCCGAACAGCAAAAAUUGGAGGACGGUUCACUUCCACAUGUUGUUGUUAAAAAAGAUAUAGAAUUAAAACUGGUGAGAACAGAUGGCCAUAGAGCACGACCAGUAGUGCUAGAAACUGGAUUCACAACACCAUACUUUUCAAUGAUGCAGAUCAGAAAACAGGUCAUUGUUAUUGUGACAGAUGACUGGCAUGUGUUGUGCUUUGACUCAGACCUGCAUUUAAAUUGGGAAACAAUUUUGCCAAAAGUGGACCAUAUGGAUAAAGUAUUAUAUGUUAAGUCCCUUGGGGUUCUGAUCACAUCUCACUCAAUACAGAAGACCGAUGAAGGACUUAUUAUUGUAGGAGGAAGUUUUAUGCAUAAAACACACCAAACUAAGGAGCUGCCCACUCAACAUAUUAGAGAGGAUGGAAACGUCACGGAGGAGAUUAAAAUUGUAUCAGAAGAAGUGGAAACCCUGACCCAUUUUUCCACUUUUGCCCUUAGUGCCAGUAGUGGUACUAUUAGGUGGCACCAUCUGCCUGGAGACUUUGGUGAACAGACACAUAAUACCAAGGAUCAUGCAAGUGAGCACCAUUGGAAACUUGGCUUACGUAAAGGUAGAAAGCAUACAGGAGAGUCUUCAUGGAAACAUUACAGCAAACAGAUGAACCAGUAUAUGCCAUUUUUAUGGGUGAACAACCAAUACACAAAGUUCACCCUUGGACGUUUCAACAAGGACCUAAAAACAUUUCCUGGUGAUGGUAUCAUUGGUGUUAGUGAUUAUGAUGACCAUAUUAAGGGAUCACCAGCACUUUCAGCCAAGCACAUUGUAGGCUAUGCUUAUGGAGGACAUAGGCCCCACAGUGAAUUAGAGCAUGUUGCUAAUCCAAAUGCCAUUGUUAUCCGUGGGCCCCAUGGAAUUGAAGUCUUGAGUCUUCUGUCAGGACAACCCAUUACAAGAUUAGAAGUCACUGAGACUAAGGACAUUUUGAUGGACAUUGACGGUGAUGGAGAGAUGGAGCAGUUGGUCUGGGAUCUUGGCCAUGGCCACACAGUAUGCUAUCUUGACAUCUGGAGAACAUACCCAGUGAAGGAGAAGCUGGAGCAACUCUCUCUGUGCAUCUCUCAGCGUUUAAUAUGGCAGCGCUCAUGGGCAUUGGAGGAGGACAUCUUUAAAAAGAUUCCACCUAUUAUCAUCAAAAGUCUGGCCAAAAAGAGUGGUGUCUUUAGGCAUCUACUGGGUAAACAUCUCAUCAGUGAAGAUGAAUAUGACAUCAUUACCUUUGGAGCUGUUGGGCGAAUUUCCUCUUUUGACCUUUGGGGUAACAUACAUUGGCAGACACAGACAUCAUGCAAAUGGAGUGAUCUUUCCAUCAAGCUUCGUCGUAAGUCUGUGGAGUCAGUGCCAGAAGAUCUUGAGAAAGAGUUCAUGUUAUCCUUUACACCAACCAUUAUGCUUAUGCCCCUGCAUGUAGCUGCUGGCAAGGAUAUCGCUGCAGUGGUGGGCUGGAAUGCUGUGUCACUGGUGGAUCUAGCUGAUGGUACAAUACUGGCUGAACAUAGCAUUCCUUCUCCACCCACUGGGUCUCUAGCUUACGGCGACUUUGACAAUGAUGGGAUUAAUGAUAUUAUCCUGACUUGUAAAAAGGGGUUUAUUGGCUUCACGCUGAAGAAAAAGGUGAAUUAUGAGUACACCAUCAUGUAUGCCAGUGCAGUUCUUCUUGCUAUACUGUUUGUGACCUGGGUUCUUACUCAGCCCUUGGAUCUACCACCAGAAAAAACAGAUUUCACAUCAUAAUAACUGUGCUUUGUAACACAAUGCUUCUAAAAUUUUCUCUGAGUUAAAUUUUGUUGACAUCCACUGCAUGUGAGUUCUAAAUAAUACAUUCUGAAUAAAGAGGUAUAGCUGUGUCGUCAA